CGGCGGAGCGGCCACAACCACAGCUGCGGCCCCGGGGCGCGAUCCGAGCGGCGCCCGCGUCCCGGGAAGUUUGCGGCGGCGCCCGGCAAGGGGCGAGGGCGGCGCGGCGCGCGGAGGGAGCGCAGGACGCGCCCAGAGCCCCAAGCGCGAGGAGCCGGGAGCCGGGACCUGAGUAAAAUCGGAGGAGAGGGGCCGCGCAGCAAUGGCUGGGGCAAUUAUAGAGAACAUGAGCACCAAGAAGCUGUGCGUGGUCGGCGGGAUCCUGCUGGCGCUCCAGGUCGCCGCCUUCCUGGUGGGGGGCUUGGUCGGCUUUUUAAAACAGAAAACCAUUCUCUUCUUUCCAGCUCCAGGGCCCACGACAGCAGUGAAUUACUUGUCAGUGAAAUGUGUGGAUGUCCGGAAGAACCACCACAAGGCAAAAUGGCUGAUGCCUUGGGGUCUCAACCAAUGCGACAAGAUCCGAGACAUUGAGGAAGCAAUUCCGCGGGAGAUCGAAGCCAAUGACAUUGUGUUCUCCGUCCACAUUCCCCUCCCCAACAUGGAGAUGAGCCCCUGGUUCCAGUUCAUGCUCUUUAUCCUGCAGCUGGACAUUGCCUUUAAGCUCAACAACCAAAUCCGAGAAAAUGCAGAAGUAUCCAUGGAUGUCUCUCUGGCUUACCGUGAUGACACAAUCGCAGAAUGGACUGAAAUGGCCCAUGAGAGAGUGCCACGAAAGCUCAAGUGCACCUUCAACUCCCCCAAGACCCCAGAGCACGAGGGCCGGUACUACGAAUGUGAUGUUCUCCCCUUCAUGGAGAUCGGCUCCGUGGCACACAAGUAUUACCUGCUGAACAUCCGGCUGCCCGUGAAUGAAAAGAAGAAAAUCAAUGUCGGGAUUGGGGAGGUCAAGGAUAUUCGGCUGGUGGGGAUCCACCAAAACGGAGGCUUCACCAAGGUGUGGUUCGCCAUGAAGACCUUCCUGACGCCCAGCAUCUUCAUCAUCAUGGUGUGGUACUGGCGCAGGAUCACCAUGAUGUCCCGGCCGCCUGUGCUUCUGGAGAAGGUCAUCUUCGCCCUGGGGAUCUCCAUGACCUUCAUCAACGUCCCUGUGGAGUGGUUCUCCAUCGGCUUCGACUGGACCUGGAUGCUGCUGUUCGGUGACAUCCGCCAGGGCGUCUUCUAUGCCAUGCUGCUGUCCUUCUGGAUCAUUUUCUGUGGCGAGCACAUGAUGGAUCAGCAUGAGCGGAACCACAUCUCGGGGUACUGGAAGCAAGUUGGCCCGAUUGCUGUCGGCUCUUUCUGCCUCUUCAUAUUUGACAUGUGUGAGAGAGGUGUACAACUCACCAACCCCUUCUACAGCAUCUGGACCACAGAUGUGGGGACGGAGCUGGCUAUGGCCUUCAUCAUCGUGGCCGGGAUCUGCCUGUGCCUCUACUUUCUCUUCCUGUGCUUCAUGGUGUUCCAGGUGUUCCGCAACAUCAGCGGGAAGCAGUCCAGCCUGCCCGCCAUGAGCAAGGUGCGGCGGCUGCACUACGAGGGGCUGAUUUUCAGGUUCAAGUUUCUCAUGCUGAUCACCCUAGCCUGUGCUGCAAUGACUGUCAUCUUCUUCAUCGUUAGCCAGGUGACUGAAGGCCACUGGAAGUGGGGCGGUGUCACGGUGCAAGUGAACAGCGCCUUUUUCACGGGCAUCUACGGCAUGUGGAACCUGUACGUCUUCGCGCUGAUGUUCCUCUACGCGCCAUCCCACAAGAACUAUGGGGAGGACCAGUCCAACGGCGACCUGGGCGUGCACAGCGGCGAGGAGCUGCAGCUGACCACCACGGUCACCCACGCGGACGGACCCACCGAGAUCUACAAGCUGACCCGCAAGGAGGCCCAGGAGUAGGCGGCGCCCGGCCCGCAGGCUGUGGCCCUCAGCGCCCGGGUUUCCUGGACCUGCGGCCGGAGCUGUCAGGUGGCCUCAGAGUGGCCUGGGUGGUCCCACAGCCAUGUGCGAUGACAGCUCCCUGGUGAGGCACGUCCCGGGGCCAGGGCUAACUGGUGGCAUAGGACAGCGGCAGCAGGUGGUAGUGAGCCUCGUGUGCCCUUCUCGGGGGAAGGCCCGGCCCAUGGGGUCUGUAGCGAGUGGAUUAUGACUUUUUUUUACUCCUGUUUUAGAUUCUGGGAUAGAUUUCUAACAUUCUCUGCCAUCAGGCGUGCUGUUGUCUCAGCCUCACGUCCUCAGCCGUGACCACUUCUUUCUUCCUAUUUAUAUCAUCAAGUAGCCGACUGAGUUAAUAUUUAAGUUGUCAAUAGAUCUGUGUCCCUAUUUUUAUGGCCUAAUAUAAAAUAAUUGAAUUUCAUGAGAAGGUCCAUUCGACCAGAGGCAUUUCAGCUUUGAAACCAAAUCUGUGUAUCCGCUACUAACCAGACUGUCUGUCGGGUGUGGGUUUAAAAAAAUGUUUGCUUAACCACCCCCAGUAGGAUUUGUGGUAUUAAAUGGCCUUUGGGUCUGAAAAGCUUUUUUAA